CUUGUCCUCCGCACAGCAGCUGCAGCAGCCGCAGCAGAGCCGCACGAACUGAAUCACCUGUGGUCGCGUGCUGAACAUGAGGAGCUCGCGCAUGAUCCCACCUGCGCGCGUGCUGCUGCCGCUCCUCCUGCUGCUGGCGGCGGGAUGCACCGACGCCUACAAGCCUGUCAUUAUUGUUCAUGGCAUCUUCGACGGACCCAAAGAGCUGGAAACCCUCUCUGGUUUUAUUGAGGAGGCGCAUCCAGGAACGGAGGUGAUACUGAUCGAUCUGCUGAACUACAGGUCAAGCAUGGAGCCAAUGUGGAAGCAGGUCGACAAGUUUGGAAAGGUCAUCCAAUCCAUCAUGCAGAGGUCACCUGAAGGCGUCCAUCUCCUCUGCUUUUCACAAGGUGGUCUGAUCUGCAGAGGAGUUCUCUCCCUGAUCCCAAACCACAACGUCCACACUUUUAUUGCUCUAUCCUCUCCUCUGGCCGGACAGUUCGGAGAUACGGACUACGUGAGCCGCGUCUUUCCUGACCGCGCAAAGACAAAAGUUUAUGUCUUUUGCUACAACAAACUUGGGCAGAAGUUGUCCGUUUGUGGAUAUUGGAAAGAUCCUCACCACACCUCUGCCUACCUGAGGCACAACAUUUUCCUGCCGCUGCUGAACGGUGAAAAACCGCACAGCAACAUGAAAGAAUGGAGAGAAAACUUCCUUCGCAUCAAGAAGCUGGUGCUGAUUGGAGGACCUGACGAUGGCGUCAUCACCCCCUGGCAGUCCAGCCACUUUGGAUUCUAUGACUGUGAAGAAAACGUCGUGGAAAUGAAGAACCAGGAGUUUUAUGUGAAGGACACGUUUGGUCUGCAGACGCUGGACGCUCGAGGCGACCUGUCGGUGUGCGUUCAGUCUGGGGUGAAGCACGUGGAGUGGCACUCCAACUUCACCGUGUUCACCACCUGCAUGGAGGAGUGGUUGGUCUGAGGACCACUUUGGUCUUCACCCGACAUUCAACCAUAUGUGAAAGAUCAACAUCUGCUGCAGGAACUGCAUUGAGCAGAACACAGUGGUGAAGUUUAGGACUGCAGACAAAUCAGUUUCAGAUUCAUAAACCUUUGAUCAAUAAUGAUAAAAUCUGUAUUUUUGUUACCAAUAUUUUCUGUUUGUGUCAAUCAUGAAUUCAAAUUUGACAAACAUGAACAUAAUUUGAGGGAUAUGGAUCUAUUAUUUCUGAAUGAAUCGUGUGUAAUUUGUUAUCCCGGUGUCAUUUACAUCAGUCUCAGAGGCGAUCCUAACCUUCUUUUUUUUUCAAAAAUAAAAAUCGGUCUGUUUCAUUUCAUACCUUUGUUUCUCCUGUCAUGUUGAUUGAUGGGCUUGCUUUACCUGGAACAAGAGAGAAGAUAACAGUAAUAAGAGUCAUACAUGUAACUCCAAUGUCUGACAAUGUUGUUUCAAAUCACCUAGGGAUUCAGCGGGAUAAGAAAAUGGAUGUUUCAAGUGUAAUGCAUUUUUUUGCAUACACCAAAAAGUCAAGAAAAG